AUGCCGGCUCUUCCGGAAUCUUUUCCUCCGUCUGUUGAGGGUGCCUGGCAAGCCAAGUCAAAAGAAACGACCAAGUCGCUGACCAGAAAAAACACACUAUUACAUACGCCGGCCCCUACACCUCCUCCACGCACUUCAUCUGCAAAACAUUCUCUGAGCAGAAGCAGCAGCAAGAGCGACAGGCAACGGAAAGCGUCCACCCAGGAGCCAACGCCUUCAUCGUCAGAGCUAGAGCACAGCCCCUUGGCAGGACGUGGUCGCACAGAUCCAGACACUGUAGGAGACUCGUGGCAGCACCGCACCGUUGCACAGGCUCAUGACAAUUUGCAACAGUCGUUGCGGAAUGAGUUGUCGGCAACCAGUCGACAGGAGCCACACGCGCUAGCCGCGAAGAGAACUUUGACGGCCGACGCCAAUCACUCCGGUCCUGCCCCUCGUGUGCGGCCGAUACCAUACUACGGAGACCGCAGUAUACGACGACCGGAUGAAGCUGCACAACGACAGGAGCGGUACAACGUUGCGGAGACACUCCCCAGAGCACCACAAGUUCCGGAAGCUCCAGUACCAAACUCCCCUGGCCGUACGGGGAAGUUCUCUCGCUUGGGUCUCUUUAGUCGCAGAACCAAGUCUCCCUCAAUUGAGGUCGAAAAGUCACCGCGCAAGCUGCAGCGGAAAGGUCCUGCCGCCGGUACAGGCCAUGAGGGAUAUGGUAGAUAUGGGAAAAGAGGCCGCAAAAUGUCACAAGAUGAUUCAUCCGCCAGGGGCAGUGAGAGUGAGAGGUCCGCUAGCAGUACCAGGAGAAAACCUCUGUUCUCGUCGAGGACGAAGGAGAAUCGCAGCACAAGUCGCCACAAUCGCAGCAGCCAAUCUGACCUGGACGAAUUUGCGGCCACGCGACUGAAGCCAGUCCCGAUGAUUGGUGGCUCCGGUAACAAUAUGAAGAGCGAGUCAGGCAGUCAACUCAACAUUUACAGCACCUCAGCACCUCCUGGCCCCGUCUUCGACGGAUGGGGGACUCCGACACAGUCAAAGACAUCUUUGGGUCAACAGUCUCUGCGAGACAUACCGUCCACCGCUAGGGAUCCAACAGUUGGUCCCACGCUGGCGUUACGGCGAUCACAGCGUUUUGGAAAUGAUGCCGAGGGUUUCAAUCUCCCAACUCCAAUCAGGACUGAAGGCCUCUCCGCGCCCUUGUAUAUCAAUAGCCAGGACGAAAGUCGGUCUUCGGCCUUUCCAACGUCUACGCCAAGCACGAUUCCUGAUCCCAGUCGUGGAGACACUGGGUUCCCGAAGCCCAAGGAGAAAAAGUCCAGGAAGCUCCGAUGGAAUAUUUUCCGACGAAAAGGCACAGAUCCCGAACCAGAAAGGGCUGUUGGUCUACCAUCUUCGUCCCCUGAAGAGAUGCCUGUCAGCGUUUCUGCGAUACCAAUAUCGCGACAGAUGCCAUACUAUGCGAUGAUUGAUUCCGAGAGUGAAGUCAACCCGCCUGAACCUGUUGGGGACUACCUCGCACAGGUGGUGGACUUCCCAGCAGUCAGUCCCUUGAUUGAAGGCUAUGGCGGAGAUCUUGGGGAAGAUGAGCAACGACACGAAGUCUACGAAGACGACGUCUUUCUCCCGAGUGUCCCGGUCUCGCCGCAGCAGACUUUCACAAGAUCGCCGCCUUCAGUACCGCUGCAAAACCCGGUCGAGCAAGCACCUAUCCCAACAGAGCAGCCGACACAACGGCCGCCACGCCUCGUCCGGGUUGGCAGGAUCCCGCCCGUCGUACAGAGGACCGAAAGGGAACAUAAACCCAGUCGGACUUCUUUCUCCCAGCCGUUCAUCAGAUCUCCUGCGACUGAGGAGUUUGACGCGGUAUCAGGCUUCUCAGAUGUCACGCCGUCGAUGCCACUUCAGCUCAGCACCGACGUGCUACUAAGCAGACCUUUCGCUAGCGCUGACAGCGAUCAAGCCGUCAAUGCCCCAAACCUUGAAGAAGCCGAGUUCUUGCAGUUCCCAUCGAGGCAGACUUCUGAUGUUUCAACUUCGAGCGGAUCAGCAGGGGUAUCGAGUACUCUCGGUCCGCCACUCGUUCCAGGGCCAUCGAUAGUUGGAAUGCCUGGAAGAAGCGCGUUGCAGACAAGUACUUACUUUUCAGGUAGUCCAAGUAUUGACGAGGUCUGGAAUGAGUACGACGACUUCAUCGACCACGUCAUGUCGCCGUCUCGAGCCAGAAAAAGCAUCAAGGCACUAGCGCAACCAGAUAGCCCAAGCCUCGAGCGUUCUGGGCUUGAACGACGGCAGAUGAUGCAGGACCCCUCGCUAGGAGCGCAACCAUCAGAUCCCAUCCUGUCGGAAUUUCCCGUACCAGCCAUGAAAAGACCUCUCUACGCAGGAGCGCCAGCGACGUCAGUCACGCCGCCAGUCGUGUUCCCUCCGCCGACAAUGCCCGAGCGACUUGUCGGAGACGACAUUCGACUGCGCCGCUCAAGGAUCGCUUCGGCGUUGCAUUCUUCAAUGGACCUUUCAUCGCCCCUGUCUAUUCGAGAUCUCCUGAACGAGUACAGACAUCAAUCGGGAAGCAGUGCCAAAUUUUCCGAGCGCCUGAGCACAUCUAGUGCGAGUCAUUCCCUCGAACGCCCGACGACGAUUACAAGUGCACCUGAUUUGCCGUCCGAACCGUCUCAUCAGGAAAAUGUAGCAAUGCUGGAGGUCGUCGAGCGGAGCAAAGACCCAAUCGCUCAAAACGAGCUUCACUAUGCGUCGCUUAUGGUAUCCAAGUGGCUUUCGUUUGGCAGGGUGCUGUUCUCUCCGGCACAUGACGAAAUUCAAACCAUUCCUGAAAGACACAUUCUCGUCAUCGAUGGUCUUGGGAACGAAGAUUGGUCCAUUUACUGCGCCGUCACUUACGAAGCGCAAAAGGCAUUUGUGCAUGACCUCAAGGAGAAGACCCAUGCGAAGGGGAUGAGAAUGUCCCAACCAUCCCAGCAUGCCCCAGACAACCAUCGACGAGCAGAGGUGGCCAGUUUCCACGAGCGCUUUCCUUUCCCGCCCAGCUUCUUUUCUGUAAUAGUACUGCGCUUUCCACCGGCAAUGGCAGAGGCCAAGAUGAAGAACAUCAUCGCCGAGUGCCGGCGAGUGUUGCUCCCUGGCGGCUAUCUCGAAUUGAUGCUGCUGGACCUCGACAUUGUCAACAUGGGUGUGCAGACUCGACGCGCUGUCCGAGAACUGAAGUUUAGAAUGACGACAGCAGACAAGCAGAUCAGCCUCCGGCCUAUUAUCGACAAUGUCCAGAGCGUGCUCGGCUCGCGAGGUUUCACGAACAUCAGUCGCUGUGUCGUCGGCGUCCCCGUUGCAGGACGCCCGCCAGGGUCGGCCGAUUCGUCCUCAUCCUCGCGCUCGAGUCGAGGAUCAGAUGGGUUCGCCAGGCGAAGAUCUGGUGAUGUGAGGCCGGGCGACGCAUCUCUCCGAAUGACUUUUAGCCAAGGCCGGAAGGGGACCAACCUUUCGCUGAACGAGCUGCUGUCCGACCGCUCAGACAACGCCGAUCUGCGUAUUGGCAAGAUCGUGUCAACGACCGCGCGAACAUGGUGGCAGCAUUGCUUUGAAGCGAGCGUCAUCAGCGACGGCAAUCUCGCUAGAAGCAUCUUCGCCGACAAGAACGUGCUGAGCGAGUGCAAAGGGCGAGGCUCCAGCUUUAAGAUGCUCAUCGCAUAUGCGCAACGUCCGGUUUUUGAGACGCGGCGGCGGACUAUGAGUGAACCGGUUGUCCCAACACUCGCUACCGCCGGAGGGAAGAGGCAAUCGCCGUCCACUGGCAACCCGCGCACGGCUUGA